CCGACGCCAUCCGAUGCUUUGCUGCCCCGCCGCGGUCGACGUUCCGAGCUCGCCCGACGGGAUGUGCGUCUGAGCGAGCCGUUCGUCCACAAGGCCCUCGCCAUGAGCCUCUGCCAGGAUCCCGUCUCUGUGGUAACGACUCCGCCGGGAGCCAGGGGUGGAGUUGGUGGUGGAGUUGGUGGAGUUGGUGGAGUUGGUGGAGUUGGUGGAGUUGGAGUUGGUGGAGUUGGUGGAGUUGGUGGAGGAGUUGGAGUUGGUGUUGGAGUUGUUGGAGUUGGUGGAGUUGGUGGAGGAGUUGGAGUUGGUGGAGUCGAGGUGGGUCCGGCGUGGUGCCGCGGGCCCUCCGGAGCGGACGAGCGUGGCGAUGGCGCUUGCCUGCGUGGCAGGGGCUUGACGCCUGACCUCCAGCAGGACCUGCAGAUGAUGGAGCAGCGUCAGCGUGUCACCACCAUCCUGCAGAGCGAGGACUUCCGCGAAGACCUGGAGUCCCUGAUCGAGGAGCGGACUCGUUCGGGCCAGGACCCCUCGGGCCUCCUGGCCCUGCAGCAAGUCGCAGACUUCAUGGUGGGGGGAGUCGCCUUGGGGGGGGCUCACGGAUUCCACGCCGGCCCCUCAGGCCCCAUCAACGACCUCCCUGUGGGCCUCCUGGCCGGCUACGCCAAGGGCGAGAGGCUGCUUCGCUGUAAGGUGGCGGCCUUCUACCGCCUCGCCGAUCUCAAUGGCUGGGGAGCAUCGGCGCACACGAACCAUGUGUCGGCUCGCGUAAACAAGGAGCAGGAGCACUUCCUGGUGAACCCGUACGGACUUCUGUGCAACGAAGUGACAGCAUCAAGCCUGGUGAAGGUGACCCUGCAGGGCACCGCGGUGGAUCCGGCCCUGGGGGGUGCGGCCGUGGCGUCCGGCUCCUUCUCCCUGCACGCCGCCGUCUUCGCCGCGAGGCCGGACGCUCGCUGCGUCGUCACCGUCUGCACGCCGGCCACGGCCACCGUAUCUGCACUGCGUUGUGGGCUUCUCCCGCUGUGCCGUGAGGCUGUGGAGGUGUCGCCCGUCUCCUAUUGGGACCACGUGGGGGGAGGGGUGGGCCAGGCCCAGGCCCAGCUGCUGCCGCCCGCGGACUUCGAGGAGCUGCACAGGAGCCUGGGACCCUCCAACAAGGUGGUGGUGCUCAGGAACAAGGGGCUGCUGGCGAUCGGGGAGAGCGUGGAGGAGGCCUUCCUCAACAUCCACAACGCCGUGCGGGCCUGCGAGGUGCAGGUGCAGGCCAUGUGGGGCGGCCGCGCCGUUGACAACUUGCUGCUGCUGGACCCCCAGCGCUACCGCUCACGACGCGUUGCCGCCACCACCGGCACCACCACCGGCACCACCGGCACCACCACCGGCACCGCCACCGGCACCACCACCACCGGCACCACCGGCACCACCACCGCAGGGGGCGGAGCGACGCUGCCCAGCUGGAGACGUGGGCAGCAGGAGUUCGAGGCACUCAUGAGGAUGCUGGACAACAUGGUGAGCGUGUGUGUGUGUACGUGUGUGUGUGUGUGUACGUGUGUGUGUGUGUG